GCAAAAGGGAGUGGAGCCAACUAAAAAGAUAUAAAGAGCAUCAUAUCAUACAUAGCAAUAAAAGAAAGAUGCAAGGCCAGUGGAUAGCGGCAAGAGACCUUACAAUUACAUGGGUGAACAAUCCUCAGUUCUGGACAUGGAAAACUGUUGAUCCUAAUAUUGAAGUGGCGGAGCUUCGUAGCGUAAAUUGGCUUGACAUUUAUGGAAAGAUAGAGACAAAAAAUCUUAUUCAAACGACUAGUUAUGCAGUAUAUUUAGUGUUCAAGUUAACAGAUAACCCUCGUGGACUUGAACGAUCCAUUGCAUCGCUAAGAUUUGUGAAGGAGGUGGCAAAGGACGCACGCAUUGAGGGUACCACUGUUUUCAUCUCGAAGAAAAAGGAAUUACCAGGAGAACUUGGCCGGUUUCCACAUCUUCGAAGUGAUGGCUGGUUAGAAAUCAAGCUUGGUGAGUUUUUCAACAACUUAGGAGACGAUGGUGAAGUCGAAAUGAGGUUGAUGGAAAUCGUACUGAUUUCAUAAAGAUUGCAUGAACACUAGCACACGAAAAAUUUGAAAUCAACCUAAAUUCCUAUGUUAUGCCCUAAAAUGUCAAGAACAAAUGAGAAACGGUCAUUGCGAAGCAAUUACU